AUUGAACUGGUGACCUCUUGGUGCAUGGGACAACACUCAAUCAACUGAACCACACCCACCAUGCUACUUGGUACUGUCUUUUAAUUUCAAUUUCCAAAAUUGUUCUUUACUAGAAAUAUAAUUCAUUAAUUUUUUAAAAUUAUAUUUUGCAACCUGUAAGUUUUGCAGCCUUGCUAAACUUAUUAAUUUUAGUAGCAUUUUUGAAUGUUUUGGAAUUUUCUACAUAAGGAAUCAUGUCUGAAAGAAGAGAGUUUUAUUUCUUCCUUUACUACCUGUUUGCCUUUUAUUUCUUAUUCUAGGACAAAGUUGAAUAGGAGUGAUCUCUGUGCAUUGAAAUAUUCUCACUCUUUAAAGGCUCCUGCAACAGAUGCUUUAAAGACCAGUGGGAAGAUACCUGAAGGUGGAAGGAAACCCAACUCACUCCAGAAGAGCAAAGAGAGCAGUGGAAUCUUCAGCAAAAGUGACCUGCAAUCCACUUUGCUGGAAGGGCACGGCACUACCCCACCGUUUCUGGAUCUCUCAGCCAUUAAUGACAAAAGUGUGCUGAGAAAGACUCCACAAUUAGAAAAAACAAUGUCAAAGAAAACCGAUUCGACAUCAUUUUCUGCCUCGCAGGAAAAGGACCCAGAUCUCUUCGAACUGAUGGAGUCCCAGACGUUACUCCUGACUCUGCUGGCCGUAAAGAUGGAGAACGGUCUCGCCGCAUUUGAAGAAAAGGCAGAAGGGAAUUUAUUAACGAUGUGCCAAGAGAAGGAGAAGCUCCUAACAAAGUCUCACCAGCUAAAGCGCAAACUCCUGCUCUGUCAGAGGAAGCGGGAGCUGGUGGAUGUCCUCAACCCUCAGAUUGAGAUGCUCAGCCCCUAUGAGGCUGUGUCUGAAUGCUUUAAGGAGCAGUACAAGACAUUCGCGGCGGCCCUGGACACCACAAGGCAUGAACUGCCUGUGAGAUCAGUUCAUUUAGACGGAGACCCGCAGCAGUUCUUAGAUGAUUUGCAGAGGGAAUUGAUGACCACACACCAUCUGCUGGGAGAACUUGGGGUCUGUAGUUCAGAAGAAAGUGGGAAAGUGCUAGACCUGCUGGGUGAACUCAAGGAAGUGACCCAAAAGAAGGAUCUGGAGCUCCGAAGGAGCUUUGCCCAGGUGCUGGAACUCUCUGCUGGAGUGAGUAAAGAGGCAGCUUUAAUCAACCAGGAGGUCUGGGAAGAGGCCCAGGGCCCUGUGGCCUCCCGCCAGUGGUAUUUCAAUGAGGAGGGCACCCCAGGGGAAACUCAGGGAGAGACCAUCAGCCCACUCCUGUCAGAUGCUGACAAGCCGUGUGCACUGUGAAUCCACGUGCAGGCCAUGACCCUAGCCCAAGUGGGGACCUUCUGCAAACCUUUGGGAAGAAAUCACAUUCGGUGCCACUUGUGCCAGAGCGGAAUGGGUAUGAUAUUCUAGAAACUCAAGCACUUUAGUCACCGAGUUCAGCAGUGUAGCUGUUUUUGUGUGAUAAUCUCUUGAUAUUUAAAAAAUAAAACUGUUUGGCAAUUGGGCUUGGUUUCUAUAUGUAAGGGAGGGGAGCAGAAGAGGGCCUCUGAGACAUGAGUAUUUCAAUCUCAAGGUGAUUCCUGUCCUUCAGUCACGGCUGUUUUGUUUAAUAUCCAACAGCAAGUUAGGAGUUGGUCCUCAACUGGAAAUUCUCCAUCCAGUUCAAUGUCCCAGCAGUGGUCGCUGGGAGACCACCUGCGGGCUUUGGCCAUUGCUCCAGUCUACACUCCACACUGGACUGUGCCGCAAAGAAUUUGCCUGGCCAGCUCUUUAGCUCCAUGGUUCCCAUGGACAUACCUUUUGCAUUGCAACACCGGGGAGGGGUACAGCGCCGAGUAAGAUACAGUAUCCAUCCCCGUCAUGCAUCCUGGGAAGAGAGAUGAGAUGCAUCUUGAUCUAAAACAUGUCCAAACAGGCACACUUUCAUCCAACUUUCACCUUAAUCCCACCAACCCUUACCCUCUUAACGGGCUUUCUGGGGACUUCAUCAGUAGGUUUGGGAUCUAUAGUUGCAGGUAGGGAAAACAGUCCCCAGUCAGACAUAAUAGCCAUUCCCACAAACCAUGCAGGUCAGGGAGACACAAGCUUUCCCCAUAAGGUGGGUUUAAACCUUCCGGUUUCCAUCCAUACUACCAGCCCUUUCAUAUCUGUGUUUCCAAGUCCAUUGAGGGCCUCAUUAGGGAUUCCCAUGGAGUACCUGUAUUAGAGUCCCAGAAACUUCAUCCUCUGGCUCACCGCUCCCAUUUGUGUGCAAAAACCUUUGGGGCCGUAGAAGGGGACAGACACUCCAGGAACCCUGGUCCUUUUGUCAGUCUUAAUUAGCUGGAUUAGUGCCACAUUCUCAUUAUAAUAUCUGCCUUCUAGCUUUUAAAGUUUCCCAAAACAGGUAAAAACAGUGGACUCUUGGGGGCCCUUGAGCGUUCAGGGACCAGCAGGGGGUCCCCUAUCCCACUCACUUCCAUAAUGCUGUGUUCAAACCUUCGCUUCAACCCUGUCCAAUGGGCACUGGUGUACUGCAUGCUUCAGUUAGGCAGGGGCUCCAGAGUGCUGCAGAAGGAGUCAAUGGUAUGUCAAAUACACUCUUGUGCUGGGAACUAAACUUACAACUCCUUAAGGAACAACUCUGCAUCAUGAAAAUGAAUCACAUGGGAAGAUUACCAUGAUUUUAAAAAAUGAAAAUAGGUCAAAAUGUGUGGGGUACAGAACUGUUUGUGUUAAAAUUUCUAAAAACCUAGAAAGAUAAAAAUGUGUCCGGAGAAGAGGGAUCGGAGGGCGGGGGACCUUGACCUGUUCAUGGUGCUUGCUUGUUAUUGUUGCAUUUUGCAUUCCUUUAACAUUUUGGUUAACUGUUUUCUCAUCUGUGUGUAUUACAUUUUCAUUAAGAAAUCCAUAAAACAGAACUCAGCGAGCAGGCUUUCUAAAUUA